CACUCACUCACUCACUCACUCACUCACUAACUAUUACUCUGUGCAUUUUUGUAACCUUUUGCUUUCUUUGCUUUCAAGGGUCAGAUGCUCGUGGUAUCAGCAGGAUAGCUUACUCUAAUAAAUCAAAUUUUUGCAUUCAGCCGUGUCUAGAGUCUGGCGCAAUGGCAACUGGCAAUCAAAGAACAACCCCUUAUAACUCGCGGUUUACAGACUUGGGUGUUUCUGUAAUCGAUCAAGCACCAGAGUCAAGAAUUCAACUCCAAUUUCCAAUCUACUUUUCAAAAAUGGGUGUCUUGUCUGUAUCCGUUAUAAAGUGCGUCGUUGGAAGCAUUCAGGUGAUAUUGGGGAUUAUAAAUAUCUUUUAUGUUCCCCAUUUGUCAUCAGAAAUUGCAGCUCCAAUUUGGUGUGGAGUUUUGUUCGUUUCCAAUGGAAUUAUUGGCUGUGUUCUUUGGAAGAGUAGAUCUAAAUGCUUGAUAAGAGCAUUUUGUGGCCUCAGCGUGGUGUCUUUGGUGUUCUCAACAGCGAUGUUGAUUGGCUGUUCGCUUUCUCUCAACUACUUUGCAGAUGAUUACAAUUAUGAAUGGUGCAGUUAUAAUUAUCAUACUAUGGGUUAUAAUAGCUGCUACAAAAGUAGACUUUUGCCGGUCUCAAUCGUGAGGACCUCUAUUGGUUUGUUAGGCUUCCUGAUGGCGUUGAUCUUGAUUGAGCUUGGAUGCUCUAUUGCUGCUGUUUUUUACUCCUGCAAGGCCUACUCAAAAUGCUGUUCAACCUGCCUCAUCAAGGACUGUUGUGUCUGUGUCGGCUGCUGCGAAUGCGAUACCAUGCCACUAGACCAGCGAACUCAAGAAACGUCCUUCGUAGCUACACAAAGAGCAAACCCAUGCAGCACAUUACUCAAUGUGGUCAUUAGCCUGCCAGGAGCAUCUUAUUUGGUCGACACCGUCAGAUCAGGCCAAAACGAAUCGCAAGCUCAGACAGUCCGGAUGACAAUCCAUCCUAGUGAUUCGAUGCAGACGAAUGGAAGCAACGAGCAAACAGAUGCACCCGGUUCGUUUACUGGUGUUAUUUAAUGGGAGCUGCAUAUUGGCCCAUUAGAAAGCAACUUUACAACUUUAGUUAAAAUAAUUUUCUCGAAUCAAUUAGCCUAUUAACUUUAAAGCUCUUACUUCAAAAGAAAGAAAUGUUAUCAUUACAGGAUUUUAUUAUCAUUAGUAUAACGACGUCAGGGAUGCAAAUUAAAAUAAUUUUUUUGGGAAGGCGGGAUGGGUGUCACUACAAGUUUGACCGAUUUGCGUACAAAAUGAAUCGACUCUUUAGAACCAAUCCAAGCAGAUAAACACAAUUAAAAUAUAUUGAGAAUAGAGUGAAUGUUCAGAGACCUAGUCAAGUGGUAGAAUCAGCAAUUCACUCUAUUUGGAACUGUAAUGGUCAUUAGACUUUUGACGAGAAGCUAAGGACACCAAAUGAAAUGUGUUACUUUUGUUUCAAUAAAUUCGUUCUUUGGGAAAAGUUCUCUUUUGUGGAAGACAUAGCACACUGGGACGCAGGCAUGGCCCGAAGAUCCACUCUUCAAGGAUGGUCUAGGGGCAUGCUCUUCGCUGGCUCUGCUGGCCUCCUAGAGACUUUAUAACAAAUUAGGUUGUUUAAUAGUUUCACCCUAGUAAAGUCCUACUGUUAUCUCAAGUCACUUACUUGAAGGAACUAUCACAGGUUCAUUAAAACAACAAAUAGUUCCAAAGAAAAGUGUGCGCUGAGCUAAAACGGUAUGAAACCUACGAUGUUCUUUAAGUAAAAUGAAUUUGACAGAUUACGUUGAUUUCUAAACAUUGUCUGCAUAUUUCUAAUGAGUAAAUGUUUAAAGAAUAACUGGAAAUCUACAAUUGUUGGUUAGGACCGACUCUCUCCAUCAGGACCGACACUCCUUCAUAGGGUUUUUAUUCUCUCUUGCCUAUAAUGCUCUCACCCGUGUCAGCAAAUUUAUUAAAGAAAGAGGCAGCAAUUACUGACUUUACUAGUAUGGACUCUGAUUCAAUAACACAGACGGUGAAAUAUCAGGAAAGCAUCUAGCCACUCCCUAUAGCUCCUCAAAAAAAUAGGUAACGGCUGACCCUCCCCCCCCCCAGCCCUAUUUCAGUAUCUAAAGUUACAUCUAUAGAAUCUGCCACAAUUGCUAAUCAUUUCUUAUAUUAAACUUAUAUGAGAAUCUUUAAUUAACCACUUUUGGUAGCCUUCUAUGUUAAUUACAUUUAUCAAUAAGGAAAUAUUGUAAAUUAUUAUAAUAUGUAAUUUCAAUCAGAAUUGUAAAUUAAAAGGAGUUCAAUACAGUUGUCAUUCAGUAGGGGCUCUUUGUAUCAAAAUAUUGACGCUGUUGUAAAGUCGCGACUUUUAUCACCGUUUUUUAAUCAGUUUAUUUGUAUUUUUCCCCAAUUUGCAAUUA